ACAGUAACCACUACAAAAUGUCCAAGAAUAAAAUGCCCCAACUUCACAAACGCAGUGUUUCGUCGUUCAGCGCCGACAUGCGCCACCACCUGAUACACGAGAAGCUUGACUCGCACGACCCCGAAUCUCUUGAACAUAGGCGGAAGAACAGUCGGAUUGAUAUUGUGUUGAUAGUGUUAGCGCUUUUUUUGACAGGCUCCGUCAUCAACUUCUUUCUCAUUUCACGGAGCGUUGGAUCUUCGUCGUUGGUUGACCAUUUCCACAAACUAGUUGGCUCCGAUCCCGACGUUGGCCGUGAUACCACUCUUGAAUCCUUAUUGGGUGUGCAAAGCCUUGGAAAUGAUAUGAACGAAUGGGAAAGGUUAUCCGGGGAGUUACAGAGCCAGGAGCAAGAACAGGAUACAGAAGACUACCUGCACGUCCAGCACCAGUACGGGGCGGCUGAUGUUGAGACGGAAACGGUGUCUGAAGGUUCCAACAAUCCCCAACAGGAUUUGGUAGAAAUGCUUUCCAUCGAUGCAGUGGUUUUAUUGCUCAACGACGAAAACCUCUUGAAGCAGGAGCGGGCAAAGCAGAUCUUGAACAGCUUGAAAAUGACGCCCGAGUUGAAGACCAUCAAUUUGAAAAAACAUCCUCACUAUGCGGAGAUUAUGCAUUACUUGAAGAAGUUCAGUAGCCAUAUGCAAGAGGACGCCGAAGAAUCGGAUGAGUUGGACACCCAAGAUGUGCUGGACUCGGACGACAUUCCUCGGUUGUUUAUUGGAGGCCAGCCGGUGGCUGGUUUUGGUGACAUUAUCAACAAGCACAACGACCAGGUGCUCACCCAGUUUUUCGCAGAUGUUGGCCGGGGAUGGGUCAAAUUAGAGAUAUGAUUAGAUGAUUAGAUGAAUAUGUACCAUAGGAAAUGAAGGACGAGGCGGC